AUGGGUUUCAAGCUGCCUGGAAUUGUUAGCCCCAAAAGAAGUCUUACCCGAUCUUCAUCUAAUGCAAACAAGACAGCUUCAAAGACCUUAGAUAUCCCAAAAGGCUAUUUUGCAGUCUAUGUUGGAGAGAGCCAGAAGAAGCGAUUUGUGAUUCCAAUAUCAUACUUGAACCAACCUUCAUUCAUGGAUUUGCUGAGUCAAGCUGAAGAAGAAUUUGGAUACCAUCAUCCCAUGGGCGGUAUCACAAUUCCAUGCAGUGAGGACACCUUCCUUGAUCUCACUUCCAACUUAAGCAUGGAUGGAUCUUAUGAACCUUCAAUAUCUGAUAUUGGUUUGGUGUCCCAAAGUUCGAUAAAUGGAAGUGACUGUAAUGAAAUGCAAUAUAAGGGAGUUCGGUAUGAUAAGUUGUCUACAGAAGAUCUUAAAGGGCAGGAGUUCAAGACUGUAGAGGAAGCUGAGUCCUUUUACAAUGCUUAUGAAAAGGCCAUGGGUUUUGAUGUUAGAAGUGACUACAAGAGAUUAAGUAUACGCAUAAUAGGGAGAGUCACUUCAUUGCGGUUGGUUUGUUCUGCUCAAGGGAAAAGAAGAGAAGAGUACAUGAGUAAUAAGAAAAGAGUUCGCAAGCCAAAGAAAGAAACAAGAUUCAAUUGUCCAUGCUUGUUCAAAGUAAGGUACCGUUCGAAUAUUAAUGCCUAUAUGGUUGAUGAUUUCAUAACAAUCUACUCACAUCAGCUUGCACAAGCACAUGAGUCGCAUCUUCUUCGAUCAUACAGAUCAGUUGAAGAUCAUCAUUUAGCACUGGCCACAUCUAUGCAGAGAGUGUCUGUUAAGCCUUGUCAUACAUAUGAAUACAUUGUUGAUAGAUCAGGAGGUUUUAAGAAUGUCGGGUUUAUUAUGAAGGACUUGUACAACAAGUUAGAUUCAAGACGUCGAGAAAUUUUACUUGAGGGUGAUGCAGAAGCUGCACUUGCAUAUAUGAGAGGCAAAGUUGCCACAGACUCGCAUUUCUACUGCAAGUUUAGCAUAGAUGAAGAUAACAGGUUGGCAAAUAUGUUUUGGAGAGACUCUAAUUCUCUGGUGGAUUAUACUUGUUUUGGAGAUGUCCUGGUGUUUGAUAGUACCUACAAAACCAAUCCUUAUGAGAAGCCGUUAGUGUUGUUUGUUGGUUCAAACAAUCAUUUAUCGACCACAGUUUUUGGUUUUGCAUUACUCAUGGAUGAAACGAUUGAGACUUACACAUGGGUUUUGGAGACCUUUAUAUCGUCUAUGAAUAACAAAAGGCCUGUUGCUGUUUUGACUGAUGGGGAUGAAGCAAUGCGAAGGGCUAUUGAAGUGUCACUCCAGAUGGUUUUGAAAAACGCUGGAAUGCUAUGGUUAACACACAUGGUCUCCACAAUAAGGAUUGGGUUAAGAUGA